ACCAAAUCUCACACUACUAUUCCCUCAAAUCAAUACACCCACCACAAAAAUUUGGCACAGAAAAUGUGUCCUUUACACUGUCUGAUCUUUGAAGGAGGGGGGGCGGGGGCUUUUAACUUCGUGGUUUUGUCUUUGUUUUCUUCCUUCUUCUGUUUUUCAUUUUUUUUUUCAAUAUGUUUUUCUAGGUAAGACUGUGUUGAUCAGUUAGUGGGAGGGGAUUUUUUACUUCAACUCUUGAAUUGACCAUAUAUUUGGCAUCCCCAACUUGGGCAUGAAUUUCAGUACUACUAUAUCUUUUUCUAUUCUUCUUGAAUCAUGCCUUAAAACCCCCAUAAAAUCCCCCUCUUUACUUGUCUGUGUUCUUCACCAGUGAAAGGCCUGGAGCAAGAAAACCCAAAACAAUGGACUAGGUACUAACAAACGUCAAAAAAACACUAUUUUGAUAAAGUUUCAUACAAUCAAAAAACACCCACUUCUCAUAACCCUUUUCUUUAGAAGGAGGGUUUUGGGAAUGAAGAAGAAGAUUUUGAGGAGGUGGUGAUGAUGAUGUUGAGGCAGUCAGGAUUUGGUAGCUCAAGAUGUCAAGACUGUGGAAACCAGUCAAAGAAAGAUUGUGUUUAUAUGAGAUGCAGGACUUGCUGUAACAGUAAAGGCUUUGAGUGUGAAACUCAUGUGAAGAGUACUUGGGUUCCUGCUUACAGAAGGCAAAAGAGACACCAACAACUUCUUCUUGCAGCUUCUUCUGUUCCACAACACGAUAAACCUAAAAGGUUGAGAGAGGAGAAUCCAUCUUCAUCAGGGCUAGAAGAAAGGAAUUUUCCGGCGGAAGUUAAUUCGCUGGCGACAUUUCGUUGUGUCCGAGUGAGCUCCAUUGAUGAAACAGAUGAUGAACAAUAUGCAUACCAGACAAGUGUGAAUAUAGGUGGACAUGUGUUCAAGGGAAUUUUGUAUGAUCAAGGCCCUGAUGCAAGCCAUUAUAGUCUAGGUGAGAGCUCUUCUAGUCAAGCACACGUAGCCAAUGCUGCUCAUCAUCAAGCCCUAACUACUACUGCUGCUGCUGCUGCUGCUGCUUCAGCUGCAGAACAAGUACCAGUUCUUCCUCCUUCAUUUCCAUUCCCUCUCAAUGCUUUCAUGUCUGGUAUGCAAUUUUUCCAACACCCAAAAUCUUCUUAGGUUCUCACAUUGUUUUUUGUUUCUUCAAAAGCAAAUGGAGAUCUAGAGAUCUUAUUAGCCAGUCUUGUUAUUUGAAUUGUCCAAAUUGCACGAUUGUUGAUCAUCAAGUCCUAAUGUAUUUUACUUCUAAUUGAUUAAACUACACAUGAUGAAUAUAAACAAGGGAGAUGAACUUAGUCUUGUUCUAA